AUGGCCUUCUGCUCCCGGGGCGUGAGCUGCACCUGGGGGCCCUGCUUACCCAGCAGCUGCCAGGGGACCCUGUGGCUCCUGGGUUACGGCCCGGACGCCGGGGGCCACGCGCCAAGCCGCCAGCCCGGGGCCUGCACUGCGGGGAGAACGCCGCGCGGCGCCUGCGAGGCGGCCAGGGGCGGGCCGGGACGCCGCGGCCACCCACGCGCCCAGGCCGAGGGGCACCCGUUCCACGCCCGCGCGCCCAGCCUGUGUGCCUCCGCCGCGUGCCAGGCCCUCGCCUCCGGCCGCCACCGCCUUGGGCCACUCCGCGGCGAACGCGAGAGCUCCGGGCCCCUGCGCCGCGGCAGGCCCGGCCGCCGGGGGCCCAGAAGCUACCGCAGCGUUGGCUUCACUCCCGGUGGCGUCUCGCCAUCCUGCUACGCCGCCAGCGGCUGCUGGCCCCCAGACUGUGGGAUGAGAAGUUGGGCAUCCCCGAGCUCCAGGCCCGUGAGCUGCGCACCGCGCGGCUUUUUUCCGAGAACCCCCUGGGGUCUGAGCUCUGUGCGCAGUUCCUUCCCGCCCCUGAGGUACCUGCGCCCUGGCCGCGGUCCCCUGAGCUGCUACUGA